UUUCCCUUGAGAAACACUGAGAGAGUUCGGAGAGACAGGCUUGAAUAUUGACUUUAAUUUCUUAAUUUCUUGUGGUAGAGAGAUGGCUCUGCAUUUGACAUGGAUGUUAGCUUUUGGUCUUUUAGGCAACCUCAUCUCCUGCCUGGUCUGUCUUGCUCCUUUGCCAACAUUUUAUCAAAUUUACAAGAAGAAAACAAGCGAAGGGUUUCAAUCUAUUCCAUAUGUGAUCGCACUAUUCAGUGCAAUGCUUUGGCUGUUCUAUGCAAUUUUUAGUGAGGAUGCCAUCCUUCUCAUCACCAUCAAUACGUUUGCCUUUUUCAUGGAGUUCGGCUAUAUUGUUGUCUACCUUCUCUAUGCCACCAAGAAAGACAAAAUUCUCACCUUCAAACUUCUCCUCCUGUUCAAUAGUUUUGGGUUCGGUCUCAUAUGUUUACUAACUCUAUUCCUUACACAAGGCCAAAAACGUGUCCAAGUUCUUGGAUGGAUUUGCAUGAUAUUUUCUUUAUGCGUGUUUGUUGCCCCUCUUUUCAUUGUGAGAGAAGUUAUAAAAACAAAGAGCGUGGAGUUCAUGCCUUUUUCCUUGUCUUUCUUCCUCACUUUGAGUGCAGUCAUGUGGUUCUUCUAUGGCUAUCUAAAGAAAGACCACUUUGUUGCUGUUCCAAACAUAUUGGGGUUUUUAUUUGGUAUCAUCCAGAUGGUCCUAUACGUAAUCUAUAGGAAGCCCAUGAAAAUUUUGGUGGUGGAGCCUAAACUUCAGGAUUUAUCUCAUGAACACAUUGUAGACAUUAGAAAGUUGGGCACAGCAAUCUGCUCUGAGAUAAACAUUGUGAUACCACAGCUGAAUGCUAGUGGGAAAGUUGUAUUUGAAGAUCAAAUUGCCAAGGAACUAACCAAGCAAACCCAGGAAAUCACGAAUGCCACCAACAAGAUUUAAUACAUUUACGUACUGAUCAAUGGACGCGUGCACUAAAUUUUGUAUAUAAUUGUGUAUAUUAAUGUUGUGGUCGUGCCUUGCUCUUUUUUAUGUCUUCCUUUAUUAAUUAACGCCUCAUGUUAUGAAUCUCUUCGCAAGAAUAUUCAUGUAAAAUAUUCUGUCUCCUCUGUCUCUCC